AUGUCUGACCUCGAUUCGCCGGCCAACGAGCCAGUCGAUGAUGGCCAGGAGCAGGAAUUCCUGGACGAGGUGGACGCUGCCGACUCUGACCGCGACUCGGAUCUGCUGUCGGAAAUCGACGAGAACCAGUUUGAAGAUUACGAUCCCGAGACGGCAAACAUUGAGGAUCGGCCGGUGGAGAUUGACGAGGACAUAGCCCGUACUCUCAAGGCCACCAAACGCAAGCGUGCCGAAGGGGAAAAGACGUCCAAGAAGCCGAGAGAGACUCGCCGCGAGAAGCGUAGAGAACGAGACGAAGAUGCGUCCAUGAACGAUGGCUCCAGCGGCGAGGCAGAGAAGAAGCCUCGAAGGAAGCGGGCCGAAACCGAGAGGCGCCCGAGAGUCAAGCCCACAUCCCCCCAGCCCGAGGAGAACGAUGAAAACCUCACGCCGGAACAGCGACAGAAUCGCGAAAUCGACAGGGCCCUGGAUGCGGCCAUGAAGAGCCGUGGAGCUGCCCCGAAGCGCCGGAGAAAGGACGAGAUUGACCUCGAAGAUGAGAUUGACGAACAGCUGGCUGCGCUCAAGGUCCAGAUGGAACGUGCCUGUCAGGCGGAUAACCAAGCGCGUGAAGCUGGACAGCCUGCCCUCCACAAGCUCAAGCUACUCCCCGAAGUUGCUGGCCUUUUGAACCGCAACAACGUACAGCAUGCCGUGCUCGACCCGGACACAAACUUUUUGCAGCAUGUCAAGUUCUUCCUGGAACCGCUCAACGACGGCUCGCUGCCUGCCUACAACAUCCAGCGGGACAUUUUCACGGCUCUGACGCGUCUCAACAUAGAAAAGGAGGCCCUUUUGAGCAGUGGAAUCGGCAAGGUCGUCUUGUUCUAUACAAGGAGCAAGAAGCCAGAACCCACCAUCAAGCGAAUGGCCGAGAGGCUGCUGGGAGAAUGGAGCCGUCCGAUUCUCAAGCGAACCGACGACUACAAGAAGCGCCACAUUGAGACUCGCGAGUUUGAUUACGAGGCUGCCAAGUUGGCUCAACGCCGCAAGACGGGCUCUCAGUUUACCCUGUCCCAGCGACCUGCUCAGUCCGCUCGUGAUGCCGAACGCGAGCGGAUGCUCGCUCCUGUUGGCGGUGGUAACCGGGCUCGCAUGGUUAAUCUCCCUGCUAGCUAUACCAUUGCUCCCAAGAGCACCUUUGACGGAACUAGAAACACCGAUCACAGACCCCUUGGUGCUGGAGGUAUGGAGGCUUUCAGAAAGAUGACGCAAAAGAGCAAGAAGAGGGCUGCCUAG